AUGAUCGCAGGGAUACCCAAACGGGUGCUACGCAAGUAUUUCUACGAGCUCAAGCUUCCCAUUAGCUACAACAAGGCAUCGCAGGCGGUUGCCUCGUGUUUGGCAGAGACCCGGCUACCGAAAGGCGUGAACGCUAGCGAUUUAGUGACUUUGAAAAGAGCAUUAGAAACAUGGAGGCGGCGAGAGUCCACAGUGAGCAGACUGGCUGUCGAGGCCGAGAUGGCGUUGCUGGAAACGGCGGCUGAAAUGGGGGAUCGAGCGGCUAUUGCCCUGUUAUGCGGCGCUCGUUUAAGCGAGAAAUCAGCCACCGAACAGGACUGGAAAGAUGGCUCUGAUCUGUUGAAAAAGUUAAUGGACCGCAAAUUCCCUCUUGCAUACAAAAUCUCUGGCGACUUGGCCUACAAAUUGGGUCAACUCGCUCAAGCUACAAAAUUCUACCAACUUGCAGUGGACGAUGGACUAGAAGACAACAGGCUACAAACAGAGUGCUGGAGAAAUAUUGGACAUUUAUCCUUCAAACAGGGAGAUUUGAGCAGAGCCCUGUCGGCCUUUUCAGAAGCUUGCCAACAUGCAGCGGAUUCUCGCCAAGUUGCCGACUGCCACUUUUUCCUUGCACAGCUCCGUGAAGCCAAUCGUGAAGCAUCAAGGGCCCACCUGGAAAUGGCCGCAUUUCACGGGCUCAGCGAUGCAUUCGUUCCUCUAGGCAUGCUGCUGCUCAACUACUUUGGAGAAGCGGCUUUGGCAAAACACUGGUUGGCAUUGGCCCUUGUUACAGACAAGUCCGGAGCAGCAGCUGUAGGACUGUUCGAUGCAGCUAUGCGACUCAAAGACUACUCGUUAGCCCAAAGUGCCCUGAGCCGAGUGCGGGCUCACCCGAACGCCGAAGAACUGGUGAAAACCCGAACAGACUCAAUUCAAGAGUUGGCGCUGGCCACGACCGAAACAACAGCAGUUGCUGGUGAUCGCUGGAGUUUCUAA